AUGAGGGGCAAUUUUUUCGCUACCCUAGAUUGCUCAUACACCUUUGACUCGAUUUUAGCUUCAAUUAGGUUAUUUAAUAACCCAGAAGUUCUAAAAAUUCAAGCGGCAUGGUUAUCACCUUAUCUUCUAACACCUGUUUGGUCUAAUGGUCUUGCAGUAUCAAGCACAGGAAGAGGUAAAGUACGAAAAUGAAAGAUGCUAACUCCCCCCAUCCUUGAUCGAACGAUUCACUGUAAAAAUUCCUAAAAAUUGGGAAAUUAAAUCCCAUCCUUGAUCGAUCGAUUUUCAUAUCAUGCAAUUUUUUAUAUAUAUAAAAAUAGAUUAGUUAUCAAAAGCUGGGAAGAUGUGCCUAAUGAAGUUAUUGUCAGAGGCUUUGAGACGACAGGAAGCUACGAAAUCAAUCGUUUGAAGUGCUUUAGUCAUCAACCUGAGCUUAAAAACUCAAUAAUCUAAAAAAUAGAGAUUCUUUAAAAAAUUUUUAAUUCAAUAAGGGACAAAUUAAAAUUUAUACAGUUUAAAGGGGUAACCAAAAUAUCGAAAUAUGAAAAAUUGGUAUUCUUAUGAAAUUAAUUCAAUUUUUUGCUGUAAAUAUAAGUAUUAAAUACUAUUUAAAAGUAUAAAAAAUAUAUAUAUAUAUAUAUUUUUUUAUUUAUAUAUCCCAAAAUUUUUUUUUUAACCCGAACGAUGGCGAGCCGUUCGAUCAAGGAUGGGGGAGUAAGUAGUCUUGCCUUUAUCAGACUACCAGACAUAAAUUAUGUACAAAAACUUAGCCCUAUAAUAACAGUUAGGUUAGGGAAAUUCAUGAAGCGGAUUCUUCUAUAA